GCAGCGCCUCGGACGUUAUUGGGAAGUUGUAUUCCACGAAUUGUUUGGCUAAACUUGACUCGGAGGUCGAGCUAGCUGAAUAUCUACCGAGCGUUUGUUUUGAACUUCUACACACAUAUUUAUCUCACCACAAUGCCGCCGAGAUUACGGGUUCCCAGCGAACGGGUGUCACAGUUGUUCCUACGCCCCAGAGUCCUCUGUCAGUAUGAGGCUUCUACCAUCUGCAGGAGGAGCGUGAGCGCGGCAGCAGCAUCUGCUGUGGCGCCGGCCGCAUCAAUAGAGCUGGCGAAGGCCCCAAAUGCAUCGAUUUCGAAGUACCCGCAGUCCCAACCUCACUCCUACCGUCGCCCUGAAAACCGCAGGUCCCAGCUCCUCAGACAAUACGCUUCUUUGAUCCGGACCUCGCCGCUUAUGGUUAUGUUUCAACACAACAACCUCAAGGCUGUGGAAUGGCUGGCUAUCCGACGGGAGCUGAAUAAGGCGCUGCAAAAAGUCGAUGAGCAGAUGGCCGCCGAGGGCCGUAACGUUCCUCCGAUUGCUUCCAACAUCAAGCUUCAAAUCAUCCGGACGAGCAUUUUUGACGUUGCUCUGCGUGUUGUGGAGUACUUCAAGCCGAUAAAGACACCCGGUAGCGAGCACUGGAGCGAUGGGACAUCGACACCACACGAUCUUUCCCACGAGGUCCACGAUGCCGUGUUCCCCAUGAAAGGCAAGCACGAGCUUUCGGCAAUCUUGCUCGGUCCCGUUGCGGUGCUUUCGAUUCCUGUGGUCUCCCCCGAAUAUAUGAAGGCCGCGCUGUCAGUGCUAGUGCCCAAGGAUCUCGGCUUGACCCCCCCGUCGCGCAAGGCAAACCCUACCUGGCACGAGCCUACGGUGCAGAACGGUCUGCAGAAACUGACUUUGCUCGCGGCGCGGGUUGACGGGAAGCUGUUGGACACCGACGAGACCGUUUGGGUCAGCAAGAUCGAAGGCGGUAUGGACGGUUUGCGCGCUCAGCUUGUUCGGUCGCUGGAAAGCGUCGGGGCCAGUGUCACGAGUGCGCUGGAGGGUGCUGGAAAGAGUCUCUAUCUUACACUUGAAAGCAGGCGGAGCGUUCUCGAAGAGGAGCAGAAGGGUCCGGCCGAUGAAAAGAGCGAACCCUGAAUUUGAAUUUGUUGUACUACAUAUGUAUUAUAAUCGUUUUAUAUUCAAUCUAGCAUG